AUGAAUAGAAGUCUCGAUAAGGAGAUGUUGCCCCAGGAGGUUGCCAUUGACGCGACCGCCCAGGAUGACUGGGAUAUGCAGCGCCUGGGAAAGACCCAACAGCUCAAGAGGAACUUCCGGUUCUAUUCGAUCUUAGGGUUUACGACCACCUUGAUGGCCACAUGGGAGUCGAUUUUGCUCACGAGUACAUACGGCCUGAUCGACGGCGGUCGGGCUGGCAUGAUCUAUGUCUACAUCGCCUCAUUUGUGGGAUUUUUUUCCGCUGUGAUUUCAAUGGCCGAGAUCGCGUCUAUCUCCCCAACAUCCGGUGGACAGUACCAUUGGGUGAGUGAAUUCGCUUGGCCGAAAUACCAACGGUUCUUGAGCUAUCUCACCGGAUGGCUUUCGGUGCUGGGCUGGCAGGCUGCUUUCGCCAGUAUCUGCUACCUCUGCGGUACCCUAAUCCAGGGACUAUUAGUCUUCAACUACUCGGAUCCCUCCGGGUGGGUGUAUGGGUUUGAACGCUGGCAUGGUACCUUGCUGACCAUCGCCAUCGCCGCCGUGGGAACUGUGGUCAACACCUGGGGCUACAAAAUCUUGCCUCCUCUGGAAGGUGUCAUCCUUGCCAUCCACAUCUUUGGAUUCAUUGCUGUUCUUGUCCCGAUGUGGGUCAUGUCUCCAGGACAGGCCUCCGGAGAGACUGUCUGGAAGGAGUUCACAAACUCCGGCGGAUGGCCGAGCAUGGGCCUCGCCUGUCUGGUGGGCCAACUGACUCCUAUUUUCUCUUGGACUGGCCCGGACGCCGCCACCCACAUGUCUGAGGAGGUCCAGAAUGCUGCCUUGGUUGUACCAUGGUGUAUGGUUUCGACGGCGUUGAUUAACGGCGGCCUCGGUUUCAUCAUGCUAAUCACAUUGCUCUACAACAUGGGCGACAUGAGUGAAGUGCUCUCACCGGCGAGUGGAUUCUCCUUUAUCCCCGCAGUCAACCAUGCGACCGGCUCCGUGGCGGCCACCAAUGGAGUCGCUGCUAUCAUUCUUGUUCUCGAGGUCUGCAGCGCUAUCGGCAUCCUCGCGACAGUCUCUCGUCAGACCUUUGCUUUCGCCCGAGAUGAUGCCCUGCCCUUCUCUAAACAUCUGGCGCAUGUUAAUCGACGCACCCAGGUCCCCGUCUGCUCCGUGUUGGUAUCAACCAUCAUUACUAUUCUGCUGAGCUUGAUCAAUAUCGGGUCGACCGCGGCGUUCAAUGCCGUCGCAUCUGUGAUGAUCGCCGCCCUUUUCACCACAUACAUCUUGCCAAUUGCAGCCAUCAUUCGGGUUCGUUUCCAACCGGGUGGUAUCCCCCGUCGCGCUUUUCGCUUGUGCAUGGCCGCCGAGUAUACCGGGCACCAGUGA